CGGUGCUCGUGCGCGGCGCUCUGACUUGAGCGAGCAGAGCUUAGCAGUAGAGCUCAGGCACACAUGAGGAAAGUGCAGCUCACAUGGAGCGCUGACAUGGACAGGACACACGCAGAGAGAUCCAGCCGCGUGGAUGUUUAAGCUGCGGCGUCAAACGAGGAUCGGUCAUCGUCAACGACGCACUGAAGCCUGAACAAACCCGUAGCUUCGGGAUUAUUCCACAACAACAAUGGCAACACUGCGUUCGUGAGGAACUCCUUGACACAAGCACCUUCCUGCAUUUGUCUCUCUGUCCGUGUCCUACCGGGCUGACCUGAUGUCAAACGCUCCCAAAAUGGAUUGCCCAGAAGCCAUCAUUUCGGUGGAGGAGGGAAGUCUCAGUCCUAAUACUGUCCCGGGACGCUCGGAUCUUAGCGGUCUCUACCACCUCGGACGAACGUUGGGCAGGGGCCACUUUGCUGUAGUCAAACUGGCACGUCAUGUUAACACUGGUCAACUGGUGGCUGUCAAGAUUAUUAAUAAAACUAAGCUUGAUGUCAUGGCAACAAGCCACCUCUUACAGGAAGUGAGGUGUAUGCGGAGGGUGCAGCACCCCAACGUGGUGCGUCUUUACGAGGUCAUCGAUACCCCCAGCACCCUGUACCUGGUGAUGGAGCUGGCAGAGGGGGGCGACCUGUAUGAUUACAUCCAGCGCCAUGACGGGGGUGUGGCCGAAGUCACAGCUAAACGCCACUUUGCUCAGAUUGUCCGUGCUGUGUCCUACUGUCACCGGCUCCAUGUGGUGCACCGAGACCUCAAACCUGAGAAUGUGGUGUUCUUCCCACAACAGGGAGCAGUCAAGCUCACUGACUUUGGCUUCAGUAACCUGUUUCAACCUGGGACCAUGUUGGCCACGAGCUGCGGGUCACUGGCCUACUCCGCACCAGAGAUCCUGCUGGGAGAGGAGUAUGAUGCACCUGCAGUGGAUAUCUGGUCUCUGGGGGUCAUUCUCUACAUGCUGGUGUGUGGGGUUCCUCCGUUUCACGAAACCAACGACAGUGAAACUCUGGUCAUGAUCCUGGACUGUCGAUAUCGGGUCCCAGAGCAUGUCUCGGACCACUGCAGACAUUUAAUUUCUCGGAUGCUGCAGAAGGAUCCCACCAGUCGUGCAACCCUGGAUGAGAUCGAGGCUCACGAUUGGCUGAAGGGACUAGAUGAUGCACUGCUGACCCCCGAGGCCCCUCCCUCCUGGCUGUCAGGGGCUCUGUCUCUCAACUCCCCUCGCUCAGCACCAGAAAGCGGGGAUCUGCUCGCUGCUAAACCAACCAAUCACACACCUUUCCCUGGACCAUGGCAGCCCAGUCUGUGCGCCACCCUGAGGACAGCCCCCGAACCGGACCCCCUAGCCCCUAAGAGUGCCCCAGCACUGCAGCUGAUCUGUGAGGAGGAGGAGGACGAGGAGGAGGACGACGAGGAGGAGGAGGACAAGGAGGAGGAGGGCGAGGAGAUGGUAGAGGAGGAGGUGGCAGUAGAGGAGGAGGCGGCGGAGGAGGAUGUGGCGGUGGUGGAGGAGGAGGAGGAGGCAGAGGAGGAGGAAGAGGAAGCGGAAGCGGAGGAGGAGGAAGCGGAGGAAGAGAAGGAAGAAGAGGAGAGCACAACAGAACAGGGCUCACUGCUGCUUUUGACACAAACUGAGGAGAAACUUGGUGUUGAAGUGGAGAAAAGAGAAACCAUUGAAAUGUCAGAGGAGCCUGAGGAGGAGGCUGUGGACAAAGACUGUGUGAUUUCUGAGCAGCCCGUGAGUCUGGGAGAUGUUGGUGCCUCUAGUGCAGAGUGUGUUCAUGAGACAGACGCAGUGAGUCUACAGUAUGAGGAGCCCAACAAUAACAGUAAACCUGUCCCCUCUGCUGUGGCUCUGUCCUCCUCUGUCUGUCUGGACUCCAAAAACACACAUGCAGCUGAACAGGAACUAGAGCAAAGGGCAGAAGAUGACUGCAGAAAGGAGCUCUCAGCUGACAGGUCACAGUCCCACAACCCAGACACUAUCCCCCGGGCAGAAACAGCCAAACGGCACAGCUUAAAGCUGCGUGAAAGAAUUUUCCAGUUUCCUCUUUGUGAGAAAGCACUGGCUUUUAAUAUACCAACUCAGAACAAAUCCAAGAUUAUGCCACUGGCUCAGUACAACUGCUGCAGAGUGCUAUAGACUGAAGGACAUGCACCAAGCAGUACAGCAACUGUGUAACAAGUGUUGUGCCUGUUCAGAGGCAGGCCAACUGAACUUUUAGGGGAAACUCAUUUGCUGCUGUGUACAGAAGCUCCACAUGUGCAAGACUUUGCUCCCGUCCAAUCGAGCUUAGCAUGAAAAACUCAUGGAAGGAAAAGAUAAAGAAAAUGCUAAAAUCUUGAGACUUAGAACAUAAAAUAUUGUAGAGAAAUAAGCUACUGUCGUUUUUGUUCAUAAGGUGCCUAAUUGGGUUUGUUUGCAUUUAUCUUGUCUCUAUAACUCUGACUUAAAGUUGUAAAAUACUGUCAGUCAGACUGCUCCAGCGCUAGCACUAGAUGAGUUUUUAAAAAGUUAAAAAUAUUUAAUAUGUAAAAACAACCAGCUUGAGCUACAGAGUAGCACCUGAUUCAUUCCUUUUGCACAACUUGCUCCAUGUGGUUGAAUGAAGCCUCUUAUUAUAAGCUCUUAUUUGUAAAGACUGAGACUGUUACAUGAUAUGUUGAUGUAUCUAUGCUCCAGCCUGAAUGACGAUGUUUUUUCACAAUGCCCUUAUUGGACUUCUGUUCUUAUACAACUGUACUAUAGUUUGUAUAAUCAUUGACUGUUGGCAGGAUGCAGGCCUUUCAUUCUGCUGAUAACUAAUGUUUGGCUGCAUAUAUCAAAAUUAUAAUGUUUAUGUUAGAUUUUUUUUUUACAAAAGUUGCAUUUCGGAACAGGAGAAAUGUGAUAUGCAUGUUGUUGAUAUUACUGUUAUUUAUGGCGAUAUACCUCUGUGUGUAAUGGGUUUGUGCUCCUAAUGUAUUUUUGAUUUGCACAAGUGUGACUACUGUAGUUGCUAGCCAUAUUUUGGCAGCAUCAUGAUCACUGCAUAGACCAAAUAACUGAGUCCUUUUUUUAAUCAUUUCCAUCAUUUUUACAUGCACAGUGUAUUUUGUCUUUUUAGGUAAGAUUUUAAAAAAAAGUUUAAGCUAACAAAAGCCAAAGUGUGCUGCUUUGGUCAAACCGCUAGAGCCCAUAGAAAUUAGAUUUUGAGCUUGUGACCUAUGAUCAUCUGGUCACUCCCAAUAUAAAGAGGAUGUCAUGUGACUUCAUAAUCUGUGCAGAAGAGGUUUGAUAGGAUUAUCAAUGCUCCUGAGCAACUGCAUCUUUCCCUGUGCCCAUGGACCUAAACGUAGUGCCCUUCAUCUGGGCCUUGGACCUAUUUUCUGAAUUUAUUUAUUAAAAAAGACUGUAAAGUUACACUGUGUUCUGGUACUUUGUGCACAUCUAAUUGACAGACACAAUAACAACUUAACUUUAUGACUUUAUUCUAAAACAGAACAUGCAUGGC